UAAAAAUAAUCUCAUUUCUCUGAAACUCUAUUCUCCCCCAGCCACACCAUCACCGAUGCAUAAAUAUGCACCCUUUGGUCUCUGUUGCCUAACAUCUUCCCAUCUCCUUCCUCUGUCUCUCCCUAACUGUUACCAGCUCCAAUGGGGAAUGCAGCAUCCUGUGCUGCUUCAAUCAUCUCAAAUGGAGCAAUAAAGGUCCUAUUCUGCAAUGGGAGUACUCAUAUCUACACAAAACCAGUUAAGGCGGCAGAUCUAAUGCUAGACAACCCAGGACACUUCGUCUGUGAUUCUACCACCCUAAAGGUGGGGUACAGGAUCCAUGGACUGACGGCAGAGGAAGAGCUGGAGCGGCGGCAACUCUACUUUCUUCUUCCCAUGGAGCUGCUCUACUCGGUGCUGACACACGAGGAGAUGAGCUCACUCAACUAUAAGGCUACGAAGGCGCUAAAAUAUGCCAGCUUUAAUAACCUCGGGAAGAUCUUUCCAGUGUGUAUGUUUCCGUCAGAUGCCAAGACGUCGGAAAAAAUGGCCGGUAGUACUUCGGUGGAUUCUGUGGAGAGGUAUGUGAAGCAGAGAUCUUGGAAGCCUGCAUUGGAGACUAUAGUUGAAACUGCUAGCUAGCAGGCAAUGAUUAUUUUCCCUUUUUUCUUUUUCCUUUUUUAAUUUUACAGCUUAAUUUGUUUGAGAUGGUUAGUUGUAGAGAAAGAGAUUGGAGAUUAUGAUAUUUUCUAGUAUUUUGGGUUAUUCAGCUAUUUUCAUCUUUGCUAGAUAGAAUUAAACAGUAUAAUAUUGA